AUGCUCAACACACGCCCAUUGACGUAUGUACCGUCAGAGUCGACAGAUGGAAUCAUCACGCCAAACCACUUCAUUGCCCCAACUCGCUCACUGGGACUUCCUGACGAUAUCCAGUCAGAUGACUACAUGCCCCAAAGAGAUCCAGUCGCUACUAUUACGUCGCUGCAGAAGAAGCAGCAAGCUGCACUGGACACGUUCUGGAAGUUGUGGAGAGAUGACUAUAUCCUUGCACUUCGCAGCCGACAGCCAAUCAACCAUCGUCUCAGGAGGAGCCGAACCACUGAUCCCAAGAUUGGCGACAUGGUCAUGAUCAAGAACGACCAGCUACCACGUGGAAUGUGGAAGAUGGGAAAAAUCAGAGAACUGCAUGACAGCGCGCAGGACGGCAAGACUCGUUCGGCGACAGUACAGACGACCAACUCCAUCCUGAACCGACCGAUCAACCACCUCUACCCACUAGAAGUGACCGCAAUGGAGGAGAAGGAGAACACUGAUGUGAUCGACAACGGCAGCACUGAUGUUGCUAGCAGCAGGCCUCAGCGCAUGGCCGCCCAGAAGGCAAAGGAAAGGCUCAAUGCACAAAUGCAGGCUGAGCUGGUGUCUGUAGCUUUCACCUUCGUUUCUACGUAUGUAUGUAUGUAG